CAGAGAACUACGGCUGAGUCAUUUAGAAACGUGGAAUGGCAACUCAAGCAGGCUUUGUUGAAAACGGUGGCAGUGUGGCUGCCGGUUUUUUUGCAAGACAGUGUCAAAACUGUUUUUACAUGUUCCACGAAUCUGAUAUGCGUACUGUUGGUUGUUUUCAUCUGGGGUUUUGUUUUAUGUGUUAUCAAAAAUUUGAGCUGGAUUAUCUCAUUGAUGGGGCACCCCCGGCACCCAGGCUCCCUUCGCCGGCACCUCUGUCUCCUAUGUACGAAGAUCAUGAACUCGGGUGGUCCUUUGAAUCCAUUUUUGAAAACGGUGGUGGUGUGGCUGCCAGUUGUUUUGUAAGACAGUGUCAAAACUGUUUUUACAUGUUCCACGAAACUGAUAUGCGUACUGUUGGUUACGUUGUUUUCAUAUGGGGUUUUGUUUUUUGUGUUAUCAAAAAUUUGAGCUGGAUUAUCUCAUUGAUGGGGCACCCCCGGCACCUAGGCUCCCUUCGCCGGCACCUCUGUCCCCUAUGUACGAAGAUCCUGAACUUGGGUGGUCCCUUGAAUCUUUUGGUGAUGCUUCAGGUAACGCCUCGGGGACGCCCCCCACUGAUCUAACUGACCAUGUGACCCUCAGGCGUUCCGCGCGCACGGUCUGUUUGAACAAGCGUUACUUCAACGCGGAUUUUGUUGUCGG